AUGGAGGGUGAAAAAUGGAUAAAACAUUACAGUAGUAAGCAGAAAAUACUGUUAAUCGGGGAAGGAGAUUUCUCCUUUGCACUUAGUCUUGCUACUGCUUUUGGAAAUGCUACCAAUAUCGUGGCUACUUCCAUAGAUUCCCCAGAUAUGCUGCAGAUGAGGUAUGCAAAGGCGAAGAGCAACCUUGACCUUCUUGAGGCGUACGGAUGCAAUCUGGUGUAUGGAGUCGAUGCACAUACCAUGCAUAAACAUCGUGCCUUGCAAAAUCAAACUUUUGAUAGAAUUGUUUUCAAUUUUCCACAUGCAGAACUGUUUUUACGUGAACACAGUUGCUCGCAAAUCGAAAUGAGAAAGGGAAGGAAAGGAAAGAAAGGGGAGAAGUGGGGAAAGGACUCAGAAAAGGAAAGAAAGGGGAGAAGUGAGGAAAUGACUCUAUUGUGCGCGCACAUGAUGGUAGCUAACAAUGGAGAAGUACACAUAACUCACAAAACUGCAAGUCCAUUUAGUCUUUGGGAUAUCGAGAAGCUGGGUAAGGAAGCAGGUUUCUACUUAUCUCAAGAAGUCCCGUUCAGUAGGAAUGAUUAUCCAGGUUACAUCAACAGGAAAGGAGAAGGGCAUGGAUCUAAUUGUGAUGGCACUUUUCCUGUUGGUCUGUGCUCUACGUUCAUGUUUGCUAAACCUUAA